AUGAAAUUUCAGUGUUGUGCAAUUUCUUUAUUGCUGUUAGUAGCAGUUGGUGUGCCUGAUGUUUCCAGUCAAGGAAUUAUCAUUGAUGCUGCCAUGCGUAGGAUUUUGGAAAACUUUCGUCAAAUGAUGCGCACCGGAAAUCCGGAAACAGGCUUCCCAGUGAUUGCACCCUAUUACAAUGAGGAUCUUUUCUUGAACACCAGCCUGGGUGGACUGCUUGAUUUCGACAUGCGCAUGACUCCAAUCCGCAUCGAAGGACUUGACGCCUUCGACGGGCGAUUGAGCGUUGAUUUGAGUAACCUCAGGUUCCCGUUCGAGUUCCGCUACAAUGACGAGAUAAUAAUAGAUGGAUUUUAUGACAUGAAUGGACGACUCUAUGGACUAAUUCCCGUUUUUGGCGUUGGCAAUAUGUUUAUCCGUCCCAAAGGAGUGCUCGUAAAUGGAUGGGCCACUAUAAUAGAUAACGGAGAAGGAAUGUUGGCGUUGAGGGAUUUUUCCGUCAGUAUAAUGAUCGACUCUUUGGAGACCAACAUACAAGGAAUGCUGCUCGGCGGGGAACUGUCAGACUUGUUGAACGUCGUCAUUCAGGAUAUAGUUCCAUCGUUCUUGAGAAACUUUCCCGAUUUAACGACCAGAGUAUUAACCGCAUUUGUGGAGCCUUUGCUUAACCGAUUCCUUGCGACAAGAUCGAUGGAAGACUUGUUGGGACUUUUGUUCCCAAGGGGUAUUCCCAAUUGA